GAACUGCAUCUCCCCGCUCGGGUGCUGGUUGCUGAAGGAGGGCGAGCGAGCGAUGCUGCCGCCGCCGCCGCUUCCUGAUUGGCUGCGGGUGGCUCCCUUUUUGUGCUGAUUGGCAGCUGGUGAACUAGAUGAUGCUGAGCAAGGGCCUGAAGCGCAAGCGGGCGGAGGAGGAGGCAGAGGAGGAAAAGGAAGCCCUGGAAGUAGACGCCUGGUGGCUGGAUCCUGGCCACCCAGCAGUGGCACAGGCACCCCCAGCUGUGGCUUCCAGUUCCCUCUUUGACCUUUCAGUGCUCAAACUCCACCACAGCCUGCGGCAGAGCGAGCCGGACUUACGGCACCUGGUACUGGUAGUGAACACGCUGCGGCGCAUCCAGGCAUCCAUGGCACCCACAGCUGCCCUGCCACCUGUGCCCAGCCUGCCUGCAGCCCCUGGCGUGGCUGACAACCUGCUGGCCAGCUCGGAUGCUGCCCUCUCAGCCUCUAUGGCCAGUCUCCUGGAGGACCUUAGCCAUAUUGAGGGCUUGAGCCAGGCGCCCCAGCCCCUGGCAGAUGAAGGGCCGCCAGGUCGCCCCAUUGUGGGAGCCCCACCCAGCCUGGGUACCUUGGACUUGCUGGGCCCAGCCACUGGCUGCCUGCUGGACGACGGGCUCGAGGGCCUGUUUGAGGACAUCGACACCUCCAUGUACGACAGUGAACUUUGGGCACCAGAAUCAGAGGGCCUCAAACCUGUCCCUGAAGAUGGGUCAGGCAAGGAGGAAGCUCCGGAGCUUGACGAGGCUGAACUGGACUACCUCAUGGAUGUGCUGGUGGGCACACAGGCACUGGAGCGGCCACCCGGGCCAGGGCGCUGACCCCAGGGCUGGGAGGGUUAUCUGGUGACUAAACAGUUGGUGGCUAAACCAACUGUCCUUGGAAAAGACACAGCUGGCUCUCCUAGAACAGAGAUGGCGGUUUUGGAGAGACAGAAUCCGUUUCCAACAGCUUCACCUCCAUCCUCUUGUCUCAGGCUGAUGGGAGGAGUCUGGGAUGGGCCCUCAGGAUGGAAUGACAGGGCCUGGUGGCGGAAUUGUGAUGGGACUAGGCCCAGUGCGGGACUGACUCCCCUGAGGUCAUAGCCUGGAUAUGGCUCUCCCUCAUGUGGAAAGAGACCCCAACCAGUUCUUGAAAUUAAAAACCA